CCUUCCUUCCAAUUGCCUCUGACACCAUGGAGCUGAGAGUAAUUCCCCUCGUACUCCUGGUUCUGUGUCUCCUGCAGAUGACCCAUGAGCAGGUAAUCAGAAACAAACCGAGGAAGAAUGGGGCUGCAAAGAAAGCUAUGGUGACGCUAAGUAUGAUCGAAGACAUCAAUGAUCAGAUUGCUCAGAUCAUUAACGAGGUGAACGUACUGAAGGAGAAACAGGCACUGCAAACAGUGUGCCUGAGAGGGCUCAAGGUUUACCGUAAAUGCUUCCUCCUCAUGGACGGACAAAAGAACUUCCAUGAAGCGUCUGACGAUUGCAUCAUGCAUGGGGGCAUCCUCGGCGUGCCACACAACUACCACGAGAACAAUGAGCUGUACAACUACGCCAAGACGACCCUGGGGGACGAGCACGACAUCUGGGUUGGCAUCACUGACAUCGCAACUGAGGGAGACUGGGUGGAUGUGUCUGGAAAGGCCACCAACUACACCAACUGGGAGACCAUUCGCCGCCAACCCGAUGGUGGCACAAAGGCCAAUUGCGUGGCAAUGUCAGGCCCGGCUAACGGCAGGUGGUUUGACGACUCCUGUGUGCUCCAGAAAAAUUACUUCUGUCAAUUUAACAUUCUUUAAUAGCUGCAGAGUUUCACCUCAUGUAUAGCCUGACUGGUUUAGUCUCGCUACGGAUGCUUUGGGGUUUUUGUUUCAGUGAUGAUACCUUGCGAGCGGUACAGGUACAAAGUGAUUCUCAUUGACCCAGGUUGACUGUCCUCUUCAUUCCUUAACAUUCUGUCCAUUCAGGACUAUGUCUGUUUUGGAGAUGGUAGACCAAGGUAACCACCAUGAUGCCAGGAUGCCACCAAUCCUGGACCCACAUGAAUACCACAGGCCAUACGGAUAAAACCCAGUGGAACGCCCCCUUCUCCCCUGCCCUUGUCUUUCUCUGUGCAGUACAGUGAACAUCAGGAGCUGAGCAGAGUAGGGGAGGCUGGAAGGGGCAGUUAGGUUGGUCAAACCAACCCACCCCCAUCAUCUCUCUCCAUGCCAGGCUGCUUCGACACUGAAGCACAGGUACACCUGGUUGUACUCCCCUUCUUGUGGUUUAUUUGCUAACUCAGCUGUGCAGGAAUUCAUAGCUUGCUUGGCUCUGUGGCUAGUCCAGGUUUCUUGCCGUGCCCAUUGUAAACACAGUAAUGCAUGCUACUGUUGUGACCAGAAAUAAAACCAUUCAUUCAAAGACAAA